AUGAGUUGUUGUUUCCCGUGUUGUGGCUAUUAUAAAAGCCAAAGCAAGUGGGAGCACGAAUCUAGUACACCGCAGGAAAAUAAUGUAACAGCAAAAACACCAGAUAUGAAGAAACAAAGGCCAGACGAACAAAUCCAAGUUGACACUGCAAAUAUCAACGCAAAAAAUUUCACUUUCCGUGAGCUAGCAACUGCAACAAAGAAUUUCCGUCAAGAAUGUGUGAUUGGUGAAGUAGGCUUCGGCAGGGUCUACAAAGGUGUAAUUCCUGCAACAGGACAGGUGGUGGCCGUGAAACAAUUCGACCGACAUGGGAUGCAAGGAAGUAAGGAAUUUCUGGCUGAGGUUUCGACCCUAAGUUUCUUGCACCAUGAAAAUCUGGUCAAUCUCAUUGGUUAUUGUGCUGAUGGUGAUCAACGUCUUUUGGUGUAUGAAUUCAUUCUUGGGCGUACUCUAGAAGACCAUCUUUUUGAUAAUAAUGGGAAUCAACCAGCAUUAAAUUGGUUCUACAGAAUGAAAGUAGCAGCGGGUGCAUCUAAAGGACUAGAGUACUUGCAUGACAUUGCCAAUCCCCCAGUUAUAUACCGGGACUUGAAAGCAUCCAACGUCUUGCUGGAUCCUGAUCUUAAUACAAAACUAAUGGAUUUUGGAAUGGCAAGGUUUUCUGGUGAAGACAAGAUGAACCAUGCACCUCCAAGAGUUAUGGGUACCUAUGGUCACUGUGCUCCAGAGUAUGUAAGAACAGGACAAUACACCUUGAAAUCAGAUGUAUACAGUUUCGGAGUUGUCUUGCUAGAACUCAUAACUGGACGUCGUGCCAUUGACACCACAAGACCAAACAAUGAACAAAACUUAGUUUCAUGGGCACAACCCUUAUUCAGGGACCCAAAAAGAUAUCCAGAUAUGGCAGAUCCACGUCUUAAUAAACAGUUCCCAGAAAAGGAUCUCAAUCAAGCUGUUGCAAUAGCUGCCAUGUGCUUACAGGAUGAACCAGAAGCACGUCCUUUUAUCAGUGAUGUUGUAACUGCUCUGAGUUUUCUUUCAACGGCUCCCCCAGAUGUUGUUUCAGCUUCUCUACCACCUGCCACCUCGGUCUCUAAGGAGAGUUGGUCUGAUGAAAGCCAAAGCGAAAGCGGAACAGAAAGUGAGAGCCAAAGUGAAAGUGGAAGUGAGAGUGGAAGUGAAGAAGAAGAAGAAGCUGGUGAGGAGAGUCGCAGGAGAGACAGUGCAAAAUACCAAGGAAGUGAUGUCUCUGAUGAUUACUAUAAGAAUGGAAAAAAACAUGGUCGUGUCCAAUCAAGCCGCAAAAGCAGCUCGAGAUCAAGGAAUGGACCAAUUAGUUCAGGUUCAGGAGAUAGAAAGGUUUCUUGCAGCAAAAAAAGCAGUAGGAAAUCGCAUGAUGUUGUUGGUACUUUAAACCAGAAGAGCAGCAGAAAAUCUUGUGUCAAAGAUUUAAGCCAAAAGAGCAGCAAAAAAACUUCUGUCAACGAUUUAAGCCAGAGGAGCAGCAAAAAAUCUUCCACCAAUAAGAACAGUAGAAAAUCUUCAGUGAGAAUCUUAAGCCACAAGAGUAGCACGGAAUCGAAGGAUGGAGGUGCUUCCUUAAGCCACCAUAGCAGCAGUUUGGCAUCAGAGGAUGGAAGAGUUAUGUUUGAGCAUGGCAGCAAUGGGCUAUCACAAGGAAACAUAUCUUUUGGCCUUACCAGCAGCAGCAGCAGAAGCAGAACAGAUGAGGGAAGUGUUCACUCUUUUGAGUAUAUUAGCAGCAGUGGAUCAGAUGAGGGAAGUGUUCAUUAA